AUGAUUGUUGAGGAUGAACGUGACCUAUGUGCACCAAUCGAAACUGAGAUGGAAAUGCCGGGUGAAGCUCGAGAAUUCCAACGGGUCCGCGGAGGCGGCGGUGGUACCGAUGAUUGUGGAGAACAGGGACCUGAUGAUGAUGGUGGCGACAUCCUUCGCCGUGGUCGUGGCGUACUUCCUGCUCGUGUCGUGGCGGCCAAAUUGGCGAAGAAGAAGAAGAAGAAGGCGGAGCUGGUGAAGCUGGUGGUUCCAAAGGCGGCGGCGGAGCCGGAAGAGGUGGAUGACGGGAAGAAGAAAGUUACUAUAUUCUUCGGGACUCAGACUGGCACUGCUGAAAAAAAUUGUGCAUUUGUGGUGCAGGGGAAAGAGAAAGGAGAUUGGCUUAAGAAUCUCCAAUAUGGUGUGUUUGGUCUUUGGAACAGACAAUAUGAGCAUUUCAACAAGAUUGCAAUUGACGUGGGCAAAAUUGUUUCGGAGCUAGGUGGACAACAGCUCGUCCCAGUGGGUCUUGGAGAUGAUGACCAAAGCAUUGAAGAUGACUUUUCUGCAUGGCGCGAAUUGGUGUGGCCCGAGCUGGAUAAACUAUUACGCAGCGAGGAUGACACGACUGAAUCUACUACAUACACUGCAGCCGUUUUGGAAUAUCGUGUUGUUUUCCAUGAUGACCAAUUGGAUGAUUCUAUCUCGGGAAAAAGCUUGCCCAACGGCUAUGCCAAUGCCAAUUCUGUUUAUGAUGCUCAACAUCCAUGCAGAGUGAAUGUUGCUGUGAAGAGAGAGCUUCACACUCCCGCAUCUGAUCGUUCUUGCACUCACUUGGAAUUUGACUUAGCUGGAACUGGAUUAGCGUACGAAACGGGAGACCAUGUUGGUGUCUACUGUGAGAACUUGAUCGAGACUGUAGAGGAAGCAGAGAGGCUUCUUAACUUACCCCCACAGACAUUUUUCUCAAUUCAUGCUGACAAAGAAGAUGGGACGCCACUCGGCGGAAGCUCGUUGCCACAGCCUUUCCCUCCUUGCACUCUAAGGACAGCUUUAGCUGGAUAUGCCCAUCUUUUGGGUGCUCCCAAGAAGUCUGAUUUGAUUGCUUUGGCGGCCUAUGCUUCGGACCCGAGCGAAGCUGAUCGGCUCAAAUUCCUUGCUUCUCCUGCUGGAAAGGAAGAAUAUGCUCAGUACAUAGUUGCAAGCCAAAGAAGCUUACUGGAGGUCAUGGCUGAUUUCCCUUCGGCAAAGCCUCCGCUUGGUGUUUUCUUUGCAGCGGUUGCUCCUCGUCUGCAACCCCGAUUUUAUUCUAUUUCAUCCUCCCCAAAAAUUGCACCGUCAAGAAUCCACGUGACUUGUGCACUGGUGAAUGAGAAAACACCGACAGGACGAAUUCACAAAGGUGUCUGCUCGACAUGGAUGAAGAAUGCGGUGCCUAGUGAGGAAAGCCUCGAUUGCUCGUCUGCACCAGUUUUUGUUAGGACCUCUAAUUUCAAGCUCCCUUCUGAUACUAAAGUACCGAUAAUAAUGAUCGGCCCUGGAACUGGCUUGGCUCCAUAUAGGGGUUUUCUUCAGGUGACCCUUAUUGUUAUAUCAAUUUUCAAGAAUGAAAGAAAAAAAGAAAGAAAAAAUAGACUUGCUUCGAAUGUGUGGAGCAUGAUCUCUCGAGGAGGGUAUGUGUAUGUGUGUGGUGAUGCUAAGGGAAUGGCACGUGACGUUCACCGGACUCUACACAACAUCGUACAAGAGCAGGGAUCUUUGGACAACUCGAAAACCGAAAGCUUUGUGAAAAAUCUGCAGAUGACCGGAAGGUACUUGCGUGACGUAUGGUGA